AUGGCAGUUGCAAACGAAUCGACGAGUUCGGUUAAUUCGGAAAAUGGCCAGCAACAUGAUGCAAAAUAUGACAUCAAUGCAGUACUUCCGCCAUUUGUGACAAGAUCGAUUGGAAAUUUGCGUGUUCAGAAUUUUACUAUAGAAACGAUUAAAAGGCCCGAAGGAAAAAUCGAGUUCAUUUACAAACUUUUGCUGAAAGACGCCUCUAAAAGUGAUGCUUCGAAAAGUUUGAAGACGUCGAAAUCAAAAUCGCGAAAGUCGCUUCCGUUGACGAACAUGUCCGAAGAUUCAUUGAUUAAAUCCACUGACUCGGCGUCAACUCUCCUCAAAACGCCAAACGUCAUCGAUAUGGUCAAUGUUCACGUGGUACUCAUUCAUUAUGCCCCGUGUGUGCUCAUUGAUGAGAAUCAGAAGGUUGAGCUACCUUCAAACUUGAAGCGUCGCAAGGCGACGACAACGUUUACUCACGAAUUCAAAUCGAAUACGACGGUACGGGAAGUGCUUAAUGAGUUCUUCGACGAAUUCCAACGACGCGUCGACGGCGUCUUCUCGCCCGAGCUCUCUUAUGCAAAAAGUCGAAGUCAAACGAAACUCCAGAAGAUCACCGACAAAAUAAUGGACACAAAAAUUGGAAGUCUGGCCAAAGAUCGUGAUAAUUUCACGGUAUACGUGAACACGAUUAAGAAAGAGAAAAAGUAG